AUUCUUCCAAUCUCUUUUAAUGAUGCUUUAACUUUGAAAAAACCUACUCUAGUGGAGAAGCUUGAUUUCAAGUCCCAAACACACGCUUUUCUUCUUUAAAUUCUCUAGAAACCCACUUCCUUAAGUUUAGCUAUCACCCUCUUCAGAUUAAUAAGAAGGAAAAAAAGACUAGAGAGUCGUCGUCUUGUUUAGAUUCAAAUAACCCAGGGAUGUCUUUCUGUUAAUCCAUGGAAACUGAUACGACCAAACACUGUAACAGUGAUAUCCUCUUUGGGUUCUCUGACUGGGGUUGGGAAUUCUUGACGGCUCUUCUUCUCUUUAGUUGUUCUUCUCUUUAACCCAGUUUUUUUUCUCGUCUCUGUAAUACUGAUAAUAUUGGAUGAUUAUAGGUUAUUAUUAUUAUUUUUUUUGGUUUUUGGAUUUAGGUUGGUGAAGGAAAAGGAGGAUCGGAAUGAGUCAAAGGAGUGUUCCGGCGCCGUUCUUGAUGAAAACAUACAAGCUGGUGGAAGAUCCGAUGACCGACGAUGUGAUUUCAUGGAAUGAAAACGGCACGUCGUUUGUGGUUUGGAAAAUGGCUGAUUUUGCUAGGGAAUUGCUCCCCAACUAUUUCAAGCACGACAACUUUUCCAGCUUUGUGCGUCAGCUCAACACUUACGGAUUUCGAAAGGUUGUUCAAGACAAAUGGGAAUUCGCGAACGACAACUUCAAGCGAGGGCAAAAAGAGCUCUUGUCCGGAAUCCGACGUCGGAAGCCAGUAAUUACACCGCCGAAUAAUACUCCGGCGAACGGUAAAACAUCUGGUGCUCGUCCUUCCUCUCCGACUAAGUCGGGAGAGGACCUAGGGUUCACUUCCACGUCUUCACCUGACUCGAGGAAUUCGGGAUCAGUUGAGUCAAAGCCGAAGAUAACGACUCAAUUGUCCGAACUAUCAGGAGAGAGCCAAAAACUGAAAAAAUAUAACGAGAUCUUGAGCUCGGAGCUGGCGCAAGCGAAGAAGCAAUGCGACGAGCUGGUUGCGUUUUUAACAGAAUGUGUGAAGGUGAGGCCCGAUCAGAUCAAUCGCAUCAUUCUGCAAGGAAGCUAUGAUCCCACCCGUGAUGGAGAUGAUCGUGACCUUACAUACGGUGCCGAUGGUCUUGACGAUGAUGAUGACGAAAAAGGCGAUGAAGAAUGUAGCGGAAAUUUGAAAUUGUUUGGUGUUUUGUUGACAGGAUCGGGAAAAAAAAGAGGGCACGCGAGGAGGUGAAAAUCGUGUACACUAGGUCACACACUAUGGAGGUGAAGACCGUAUAUUUUCGAUACGCUGCCUUGCUGGUGGAAAGCAGCAAGGU